AUGUCCCCGAGUACAGGCUCGCGUCACCCGGGCGGGUCCGGUAGCAGCUUAUCGGAGCGCGGACUCCUCAUGCUGGUGCUCCUGGUCCUCCUGGUGGUCUCCGUCCUGCCUCUCGGAGCCUCCAGCUCCCCCGACGUGGGUCACGGAGAUGAGUCGAACGACCAUAACGUGGAGAAGGAGCACCACCGCAACUUUACCAAAAAGCCUUUCCCGGUGCUCAGUUUCGAGUACAAACACAUCCAGACCCCCUUCGAGAUCUCAUUAUGGGUCCUACUGGCGUCUUUGAUGAAAUUAGGAUUUCACCUCAUUCCUCGCUUGCCUGGAAUCGUGCCUGAAAGUUGCCUGCUCAUUCUGGUGGGCUUGCUGGUGGGCGGACUUAUCAAACUAGCUGGCCAGAAGGUGCCCCCGGUGCUGGACUCCAACUUGUUUUUCUUCUGUCUGCUUCCGCCCAUCAUCCUCGAUGCCGGCUACUUCUUACCCAUCCGCCCCUUCAUGGAAAACCUGGGCACCAUACUGAUGUUCGCCGUGGUAGGCACGCUGUGGAACGCCUUCUUCAUUGGUGGGCUACUGUACGCCGUCUGUCAGAUCCAGCCCAACAACCCUUCGGACCUGCACUCGUUAGAUAUUCUGGCCUGCCUGCUGUUUGGCUCCAUUAUUUCCGCCGUGGACCCCGUAGCUGUGCUGGCCGUGUUUGAGGAGAUUCAUAUAAAUGAGCUGCUGCACAUCCUGGUGUUUGGCGAGUCGUUGCUCAACGACGCCGUCACUGUGGUGCUGUACCACCUCUUCGAAGAGUUCUCAACUGUGGGCAAGGUGACGGUGCUCGACGGCGUGCUGGGCGUCAUUUCCUUCUUAGUGGUGGCAUUGGGCGGUGUCCUGGUGGGCGCGAUUUACGGCAUCCUGGCGGCGUUCACGUCACGCUUCACGUCGCACACACGCGUCAUCGAGCCACUUUUUGUGUUCGUGUACAGCUACAUGGCCUACCUGUCGGCCGAGAUGUUCCACCUGUCGGGCAUUAUGGCAUUGAUAGCAUGCGGGGCGGUGAUGCGGCCAUACGUGGAAGCCAACAUCUCCCACAAGUCGCACACUACCAUCAAGUACUUCCUGAAGAUGUGGAGCAGUGUGAGCGAGACGUUGAUUUUCAUCUUCCUGGGCGUGGCCACUGUAGAUGGCAAGCACCAUUGGAAUUGGACGUUUGUCACUGUUACCGUCAUUCUGUGCUUGGUGGCACGGGUCAUAGGUGUGGUGGGGCUGACGUACAUCAUCAACAAGUUCCGUAUCGUCAAGCUGACCUCCAAGGACCAGUUCAUUGUGGCCUACGGUGGACUGCGUGGGGCCAUCGCCUUCUCCCUUGGCUUCUUGCUGAAAAAGGAACACUUUCCUCUAAGGAAUAUGUUCCUCACCACCAUCAUCAUCGUCAUCUUCUUCACAGUCUUUGUGCAGGGCAUGACCAUCAAGCCGCUGGUGGACCUGCUGGCCGUGAAGAAGAAACAAGAGGCCAAGCGAUCCAUUAAUGAGGAGAUCCACACUCAGUUCCUUGACCACCUCUUGACUGGCAUUGAGGACAUCUGCGGACAUUAUGGUCAUCAUCAUUGGAAGGACAAACUGAAUCGCUUCAACAAGAAGUAUGUGAAGAAGUGCCUGAUCGCCGGCGAGCGUUCUAAGGAGCCGCAGCUCAUCGCCUUCUACCAUAAGCUGGAGAUGAAGCAUGCCAUUGAGCUGGUGGAGAGUGGAGGCGGUUCCAAAUUGCCUUCUGCCAUGCCUUCUACUGUCUCCAUGCAAAACAUCCAGCCAAAGAAGCCGCAACCCCCCAAGCCCCAGGAGCGUGCUUUGCCUCAGCUCUCCAAAACCCGGGAGGAUGAGAUCCGGAAGAUUCUUCGGGGCAAUCUUCAGAAGACACGGCAGAGGUUGCGCUCCUAUAACCGGCACACCCUAUUGGCCGAUCCGGAUGAGGAGAACAUUGGUGAAUUCCUCCUCAAGAAGCAGAAAAUGAUGGCGUUGGAUAAAAAGAUCAAAGACAUGAAUAACUACUUGACGGUGCCCGCCGCUCCCCCCGACUCGCCGACCAUGUGCAGAGCCAGACUGGCCUCAGACCCUCAAGCCUACAGCAUGAAGCCAGCGUUGGACAGCGUUCCCACCAUCCAGGUGGACCUGGCUUCCCCCCAGUCACCUGACUCGGUCAACGUCUUGGAUGAGUUCCAUCAGCAGGCGGCGGCAGAAGGCGAGGACGACGGCGGUCUCACCAUGAUACCGCCCGCCGCGCCCAAAGAGCGGCAUAAGGAGGAAGAGCUUGACGCCAGCGCUCGAGAAAAGCUGCUGAGGUGCCUGAGUGACCCCGGGCCUCACGCCGAGGACGAAGACGAGGAUGAACCCUUCCUGCCUUAA